AUGAAAGAGCGCUACCCCGACACGCUCAACAAAACGAUCGUGCAAAUACGUCUCACCGCCGUGGACGGGCUGUGGAAUGAAAUCCGUAAAACGCACAAUGAAAUCGCGUUGUGUGCGGACGCAGAAAGGCAUGAAUAUAUUACCGAAAAUAAGUUCGACAAAAUAGACCAGGUGUAUGAGGAGACUCUGGACUGGCUAUCGAUUGUGAUGACGAAGUUUCCAAAAGACAUAGAGAGCAAUUCUCGUCGACGCGAGCGGAAUGAAGACAGUGACGACGACCUACCAGCAAAACUACCCAGGCUCGAUCUACCUAGUUUCUCGGGCAACAAUUACGAGGAUUGGGAGAGCUUCGCAGACAUAUUUCGAACACUCGUGUACGACGCGCCGCGUAUUAAAGAGACUACCAAACUUCAAUAUCUGAAAACGUGCUUGAAGGACACUGCGGCUGACUUAAACGAAGAUGUAACAAUUUUGGGCGUGAAUUACGCAUCUACAUAG